AUGGAUUCUAUAACAGAACCUAAUUUUUAUUUAGAUAAAGUAUGGGUGCAGUGUGAGAACAGCAACUGUUUAAAAUGGAGACUCUUACCACGUGAUGAUGCAACGCAUAUUGCUCCUAAUGAACCAUGGUAUUGUUAUAUGAAUCCUGAUCCUUGGUUUAACAACUGUUCUGUUUCUGAAGAACAUUUUCCAGGGGAGUCUCAGUUUCAAAAACAUGGAUUAAAAUAUGUGUAUUCAAAGCUUCCCCUAGGAAGCUUAGUUUUGGUGAAAAUUUACCCAUGGCCAAGAUGGCCUGCCAUUCUUUGUCCUGAUCCUACUAAUGGACAGUAUGUAACAUACGACUCGGAUGGAGAUGUUGAAAGUCAUCAUGUAGAAUUCCUGGGAAAACCCCAUUCUAGGAUCUGGGCUGCUAUAAAAAACAUUAGCAUUUAUCCUAGCUCAUUUAAGGCAAAUGUAUACAAGAGGGGAAAAGUCUGGUAUGAAAGUGCAUUAGAAGAAGCAAACAAAUUGCUGGCCUGUUCUGCUCAGCAAAGGCUUGAAAUGUGCUACCUCUCAAAAAAGGAUGCAGUAAAGAAUAAAGAAGCCGAAACAAAAUCUGACAUGAUCAUUUGCAGAAAAAAUACAAGAACCUGGACAAAAACUUGUGGAGGGGAAAGUAGUUGCAGAAUUGGAAGAAAGAAAAGGAAAAUAACAUUAAGAAGUUCAUUUGAAAUAGCAGGCUCAGAAGAUGUAUUGUCAGAUGAAAAUCUAGUUGAGACAGAAAUGAUACUAAAAGAAUUGGACCACAUUCUCCAGCGUGUUGCAGCCCCCUCCUACGCAUCUUUGGCAUCAUUUGUGGAUGGAGAGAACAAUAAUGGGAGAGAAGAGGUAGCUAACUUCUGCUUGGAGUAUUCUGAAAAAAGGCCAAUGGAAAUCAACGCCCAAGAGGACUGUAUUAUAAUUGAUGGAAAAGCUUUCAAGGCUGGAGAGUGCAUUGAGAGUAUAACAGACAGGUUUAAGGAAAUAGAGUCUUUAAUGGCUGAAUUCCAAGACAGCUUGUAGCGCUGAUAAGAGAGAACCUAUUAUACUAUUUACAGCUUUAGAGUGCAUUCUUUUUCAUAUAUAGAGGGAGAUCCUUAACAGCAGUUCAACAAUAUAGUUUAACAAUAUAUAUUUUUUGCCUGCUCAUUGAUAAAAUUGAUAUCAAACUUAGUCUGUGUUCAGAUUAAAAAGUGGAAUCCAAUAGAACAGUCAUGCACGUUUAGAUGUCUUCCCCUGACAAUUAUUUUCUCUCUCUCUGGCUUUAAGCAAAUUGUAGAUUUCUGUAAAUCAGAAUGAAAUAAAGAGCUAUCUUACUUGAAUAUAGAGAGAUUCCAAGCAUUGCAUUUAUCAGGCUUUCCAAAAAAAAUAAGAGUUGUUUGCAACUCUUCAGGAAGUCAUAUAAAAUAUAUAUUAUAGGAAUUUUUAGCUGAAAGUUCAGUUUUACAUCCACAGCCAUAUGACUUUUCUAGUAUGAACCACUGAUGAUGCCUCCUUUAUUCCACAUAUAUAAUUACAAUUGGGUUGUUCUCAGUGAGAUUCAUCUGUAGACAACACAGCCUUGGAGGUUGAAUAUUUUGUUUAAAGGUGUGUCCUUUCAUAAACGGCAGUCAUGCUUUACAUUUUGGAUAGAUGCUGAAAGAUGCGUAGGAAUAAUCGUGACAAAUUCAUACUGUUGUCCAUGGUAUUAUAAGUAGGAACCACAGGUC